AUGUCGUCAUCGGCUCAGUCGCAUGCCAGAUCGCAUGCCCUUCUCUUACUGCAGAAACUGCUCAAUCUGCGAGAUAGCGCCAGCCCGCUAACUCUGGUCCUCGACACCCUAGAGCAGAGCGCUAAGCCUCUGAUCGGCGAGUUCCUGAGCAGAGCCAAGGCCACCAAAAGCAAAACCCUCUUCCUCUCCCUCAGCACCCUCAAAAAGCCGCCCAACGUCGACAUCUUCAUCAAAGCGCGCUGCAAAUCCCCAGACUCGCUCCGCAGCGAAAUAACCUCGCACUUCCCCCCGGGGACGCCGGGCCACGCGCACAAAGUGCUCAUCGUAAUCGACGCGCUGAACCCUCUCGCGCAAGCGCUGUCAUCUAACCUAUCCCUCUUCCUCUCCAGCCUCAUCACGCCCCUCGUCUCCCUCGUCGGCGUCUACCACGCCGACGUCCCGCUUGUGUUCUCCCCGGGCUGGAAUGAGUAUGAGCCGCACCCCCUGACGACGCUUACGCACUUAGCCACGGCGGUUCUCCGUGUCGGGUCGCUGUACCAGGCCGCUGAGCGGCGGCGCGCCGAGAAUAGGAGUUUGCCGGCGCCGGAGUGGGGGUUAGCGGAGGGGCGGGAGGGGGUGCUGAUCGGGCUAGGGGGAGGGAAAGGUGGUGGAAGUGGAGACGGGGACGGGUUCGUGCUCGAGAUGGAGAUGCGGCGGCGGAGCGGGCGUUCCGUGGCCGAGAAGUUUGUUUUAGUACCGCGGGCGGUGCAGGUACAAGUACGGAACGCAGGUGCGGAUGGGAAGGGGAAGAUCGAGGCGUCGAGGCUGUAUCUCCUAUCGGACCAUCCCGCGUUUCGGGACCCGGGGGAUGGUGAACAGGGGGGUGUGGCGGGUGAGGGAGAUGGGGAGAUGGAGACUACGUUUAACCUUGGGCUGACGGAGAAGCAGAGGAGGGAUAGGGAGGGUAUUGUGUUGCCGUAUUUUGACGCGCAGAAGGAUAUAGGGGCGGGCGAGGGGGGAAGGAUUUUAUAUGAGAUGGGGCGGGAGGAUGAUUUCGAUGAUGAGGAAGACGAAAUAUAAAACCUAAUAUACCAACGCCUUCUCGCGG